AUUUAGUAAUUUAAAUUAUUAAAAAUGAUCCCAGGUAUGGAACAACCAGAGGGGCUUUCUCUCGAGAUCUUAGCAAAGAUACACAAAGGAUUCAAGGGAUCUCACCACUGUGAAGACUACCUAGCAACCGUCCAGAAUGGUAAUUUAUCACCGGAAGAUAGAGAGAAAUUAAUGACUUGGAUAUACAAUAUUGGAGGCUUAUUACAACUGACAGAAUCAACUAUUCAAGCUGCAUGAAAGAUUACUGACAGCUUCCUCAAGAGUACCCCGGCCAAUCCUUCCCUACACAAACUUGUUGGAGCAGCCAGUAUCUCGUUGUCAAUAAAAGCGAGUGAGGUGGUUGUUUGAGAUAUGGAAACUAUAAGGCGCCUAUGAGACAACGAAUACUCCAUUCAGAAUCAUCUUCAAAUUGAAGAAAUUCUUUUGGACAAACUCGAUUGGAAUUUAAGAGUCAUCACUUCCUCUGAGAUAACCCAACGUCUCAAAGAUCUAAUCUGAGAAUUCGCGGAGAAUCAAAAUAUGAUCAAACAAUUUGGGGGAGAACGCUUACGCUCCUUAGCCAUGGUCUUCAAUUCAGAGGAAUUCGGGGGCAAGGUAUCAACCUUCACCCAGAUCGCUUUGAUAGAUUAUAACCUCAGCAGAUACAGUCCCUUUGUCUGAGCGGUUGUAGCACAGAUGUUAGUAUUGGCAAAGUACUAUUCCAGAUCAGAAUAUUUCUUAUUUUCAAAUAUCAUGAAUUUUCUCUUCAAAGACGAUGAGUAUGCCUGAAAGUUCGAAUCUUUCAUUUCCUUAGCUUCCUCAAUGCUGGGGAUUGAUAUUCCAGAGGCUUGCCACCAGGAAGAAAAAGCUAAUUCAAAAGAAAACCAAGAAAAAGAAGACACUGAUAACGAUUCUGACAAAGUUUCUUGAGUGAGCGUAAGGAGUGAGAAAAGCACUUCUUACAAUACCACCCCUUGCAAAUCUCGUCCCUCGGUCUCUCCUUUGACUAAAUCUAGGGGAGCUGAGAGGCAAGAUUGUCACACAAAUAUGGAUUAUGAACAAUUGAAACAAAAGAGAAUCCAUAUGAAAAAGCGUUCCAUAAUUUGUAAACGCAGACUCUAAUUAACACCUUCGUGUUGAAGCCUGAGACACAAC